AUGCUCACCCGCCGGAAUGGCAGCGGCAGCGGCGGCCAGCCCUUGACAAAGACGGCCUCGCCCUCACCAGGCGCGAACCACGGCGGCGACAUUGGACGACGGAACGAGGCCCCCGCAGCUGGUGCUGCGGUUGUGCAUCACCUGACGCGACGACGGACCAACAGCGUGAUCCGACCUCCUCGUCGGCUCGACUCGCCCUCGCCUGAUCGCACGUCGUCGAUGUCGACUGGCGCGAGUGCCGCAGCCGGGGCUCAAUCACGCUCGUCCGCGGUGACUCGCGCGGGCGCAGGCGGAGGCGCUGCAGGCGCGGCCGCGACGACGAGCAGCAGCACGUCGAGCACGACACAUCGACACGGCACGAGGCUCGCCAGCGCCACUUUCGCCUCGGCCUCAGGAUCACCGUCGCACGCCGUUCCGAGCCACACAACCACUACAUCAACACCAUCAACAGCAACAACAACUACAACCACAACCGCGUCCUCUUCUUCUUCCUCUUCGCACUCUACCCCGACCCAGUCUAACUCCGCUUCCCACGCCGGCCCUCCCCGCCGGGCGCCAACGUUCCCCCACAAUGAUAGCUACGUGCCCAACGCGGCAACUGGCCACCCGCGAGAUUUCAUCCCGCCGGAGCUCGACUUUCCUCCGCCCGCGAUGGCUGCCAAGGUGCGCCAGCAAGACGCCGACGACAAGCUCCUCAUGGCCAUCUGCGACGUCCUACUCUCGCAUGACAACCGCGCACUGUGCCCCAAGGAGAUCGCCGAGGUCAUGUUCGCUCGCGACUGGCUCAAGUCCGCGUGAGUCGCUUAAUCUUACUCUUGAGGGUUUUUUUCUCCCUUCCUCCUUUCACUCGAUGUUGGGUGAACAUCACUUUCAUGCUGCCAUCGUCUUUCAAAAAAAAAUCAUAUUUUUUGGGCCUGAUACAAUGGUACAUGACCCACCGAGUUUGUAACGCGUCACUGACCCGCUCUCUUUUUUAUCCUUUCGAACCCCGCCUUCGCACCUCGUCAUUCCGUCGAUCGCCCGGCCUCUCGAUCUCCUUAUCCGGGACGGCGAAAAAAACUAAACUAAACUCUCUCCCAAUCUGCCCAUCUUUCAAAAUGCGAUACAUGCAGUGGUACCACACCUUUUGCCCACAUCUCGACAUGCAUUCGAUCACAUACAAGACGUGCACAAAUCGCCGACCCACCAUAUCAACCGCUGCUCGUCCCCUUCGAGCUCGUCGGAGCGCUCUCCCCGCACGAGGUCACUGCCGUCGGCUUGGUGGCAGAGGAACGCCCCGCGGUUAAGAGGGGCACGUUGUGGUAUCUCAACGAAGCCCUGUUUGGAUCGGGUCUCGGUGUGGAGGAUCCCUUCGUCCGGUGUCGUCGAGCCGCCGGCAUGAGCACUGCCGGCCCGGCUUCGCUCCGCGCCCGCGGGCUGGUGCCCCUGUCGACCUUGCAGACCGACGACGACGACGGUGAUGACGGAGGCAUGGGUCGAGGAAAGCGAAAGCGUCGAGCUUCAAGUGCGAUGCUGGCUGCUCUUACGACCGACAUUGACUCGACCUCGGUCGCGAUGAAUACACGGCCUGCAAUGCUUCUUACCGGCCACCGAGGCGCUGCGGCACUGCAAUCCUCGCACCAUCGGCGCAACCAGCCCACCGCACCCUUAUUAUCAUCAGCCCCCGCCAAAUCGGGCCUGCCAAAGCUGAGGUUACGACUGACCUGCCUCGAGGAGGUCGAAAACGACUCCGACGGUUUCACGAGUGACGCAGCUCGCCGCCGACGGGCCAGCAAGAAAAAGUCGCGACGUGGUACGAGUGCUGGAGCAUCCGAGGCCAGUGGCGGCCGAUCCGUCAGUGUCGAAUCAGAACUCAUCGACGCUAACCGGGCUGGGCACUCCUCGAGUGAAGACGAUGACGUGGAGGACCUCAUGAUCGCUCGAGACAUGUCGCGAUCUUCAGGAAAAUACUCGUCGGCCUCUUCGUCCGCUCUCCUUGCCCAAAGUCUGCUUGCCGCUUCAACCUCUUCGCCUAUGCCUCUCAUCUCCGAUGGCCCUAGACAAGAUGCCGUCUCCCCCGAUUCGCUGCAACUCCCGUACGCCAGCCCGGCUGGCGGUGCCUCUUUCCGCCCGCACCGUCGCCACCACCUCUCAAUGUCCGCCCCCUCCCUCGUCUCACCCUUCUUGUCCGCUCGGUCCCCUGAAAUGGUUAUGGAGAUCGAUGAUAACAUGGGAAUUCCCCAGAGAGCCCUCCCAGAUGCCGAUCGACUCGACUCGGCGGACGAGGACGAUUUUCACGAGGCGAUGCUUCGAGGCGACGAUUUCGAUUUUGAGUGGAGCUCCGAGUCGUAUACGUCCAACAUCACAUUGCCGCCGUUCUCGUCCAAGUCUCGCUCGCGUGAGAUGUCACCAUCCCUGCCCGAGGGUGCCUUUGACUUGAAGGACGAAAUCGACGAUGCGGCUUCGACCCCGGCGACCACGCCUCGAUCACCUGCGGGCAGUGAGGAACCCGAACUUGGACCAGCUUCUGCCGCUGCCGCUUCCAUCGACGGUCUAGGCAAGAUGGGUAUGGAGGAGACGCUCUGCGGAGCAUAUGCUGGCAAGACGGAUGACUAUUCCGGCAGCCAAACCAUUGAGAUUAAAGUGGAGGACACUGAGAAUGGUGAGUCGGGUGAAAUUUUUGUGACGACCCAAGCAUAGUUGCCACAGUCGCUUACCUCUUGCUUUCUUAUUGGUGCAGAACGUGUCCGCUCGACCGACUCUUUGACUUCGCUCGUGGACGAGGCCAUGUCGGCCGAGCCCGAAACGCCCGUCGUUGCAGCCCGUACUGUCGACGAAUCGGCUCUGGCCGUCCCGCUUCCUUCGCCUCUGGCCCUCGAUCUGCCGCCCAUGCUCGCAUUGACGCCUUCCGUCGAAUACGAUUUUGUCGGUCACGAGGAGGAGCAGCAUGCCCCUUUUGGCGCGAACUCUGCGUAUGAGGACAACGCCGAUGACGAAGAGGAGGAUGAAGACGAUGACCUCGUCACCGUCAAGCUCGAAGACGGCGGAUCCAUCUUUGCCGACACAGGGUCGUCAUCCGCCUCCUCUCGAUCGUCUUCGACCUUCCCCUACUUUGACUCGCUGAGUCGACGCAUGCAUGCUCUCCGCAACUCGCCAUCGAGUUCGGGCAGUUCGGAGAACGGCGAUAUGUUUUGCGAUCUGACCCCUACCGUCGUCAGCAAGUCGAUGCUCGCCACCGGUCUACCUGUGCCCCAACAAGCGCCGAGCCCACCCGAGACGACCGACUGGGGACUGCAGCUUGACCCUGACGAAUUCGAACUCGACAUUAGCCACUCGGCCGACUUCCUCGGUCCCGAGGCUGUUGGACUCGAAGAGCUCGACCUUGCAUGGGGCGGCGAAGACGAGGAACAAGCCGAGUUCGAGACGGACGAGCAGUUCAAGCUCCGAUGCGAACAACGACUCAAAACUCGCAUGAUGGAGAAGGUUGCCUCGACGCCGACGUUUCUCACUGGUUGCCGCCCCUCGACGCCGCGUAGUCGGUCCCACAUCUCCAAAGCAUCAUCGCCGACUCCCGCCGCGCUUCGCGCAGCAUUGCACGCCGAUGAUGACGAGGAUGACGCGGGACCUCCGCCACCGCGUACCUCGGCUAAGCGCGAGCCGUUGCGUCCUUGCGAUAUCAUUGCCGAUAGCGAAGGCUCCGACGAAGAUCUCUAG